GUAAUUUGUUGAUAUCCUGCUUUGGUAGUAUUCAUUUAGCUAGACUUUGGUUUUUCAAAGCCGAAUUUAACCCCAGGCUCGGGGUUUUAAUUAUUUGCAUUGGGCAGCAAAGUUAACUAGAACGUUAUCUAUAUGAAGGGCUAAUGGAAGACACAAGGGAUUUGGCUGAACGCACCCCGCGUUCAGAGCGUAAGCGGAGAGACUCGUUCGGGAUGUUUGAUGGCUAUGACAGCUGCAGCGAGGAGUCUACCAGCAGCUCCAGCUCGGAUGACAGCGAGGAUGAGGUAGUGCCCUCCAUCCCUGCCAGCCUGCCCAUCAUCAAGAACAAUGGUCAAGUCUACACUUACCCUGAUGGCAAGGCUGGAAUGGCCACUUGUGAGAUGUGUGGGAUGGUUGGAGUACGAGAUGCUUUUUAUUCCAAAACCAAGCGCUUCUGCAGUGUGUCCUGUUCUAGGAGUUACUCCUCAAAUUCCAAGAAAGCUAGCAUCUUGGCAAGACUCCAGGGCAAGCCACCAACAAAAAAGGCGAAAGUUUUGCAGAAACAACCUCUUAUGGCAAAGUUGGCCGCUUACGCCCAGUACCAAGCAAGCCAGCAGAACCAGGCCAAAUCGAAAGCUGUGGUCCCUGCAGAAACCUUUGAAUGGGGUCGGUAUAUCUGUAGCAAAAACACGAUUGGAGCUCCAGUUAGCUGUUUCAAGCAUGCCCCUAUGGGGAAAUGCUGGGGAGACAUAGAAGAAGGAGUGAGGAUUGAAGUGGUCAACACUGAUUCCAACCUCUCCACUAAGGUGUACUGGAUAGCAGAAAUCAUUAAGCUAGCAGGGUUCAAGGCUCUCCUGCGGUAUGAGGGCUUCGACAACGACAACAGUAAGGACUUCUGGUGUAAUCUCUGCAUCCCUGAAGUGCACCCGGUGGGAUGGUGCGCUUCAAGUGGCAAACCUCUCGUACCUCCAAAAAGCAUACAUCAUAAAUACUCUAACUGGAAAGCCUUUCUUGUGAAGCGUCUCACUGGAGCUAAAACACUGCCACCUGACUUUAACGCCAAGGUACACGAGAACUUGCAGUACCCCUUCAAGAAGCUAAUGCGCGUAGAGGUGGUUGAUAAGAACUACCUGUGCCGGACACGGGUGGCGCUGGUGGAGCAGGUAAUCGGAGGUCGCCUCAGGCUGGUCUAUGAGGAGAGCCAGGACGGGUCGGAUGACUUCUGGUGCCACAUGUACAGCCCCCUCAUCCAUAAUAUAGGCUGGUCGCGCAGCAUCGGACACCGCUUCAAACGAUCCGAUGUUACAAAGAAAAUUGAGGGUCAAGUUGAUGCUCCUGCACUGUUCUUCCAUAAGGUAAAAGAUGUUGACCAGAGUGGUGAUUGGUUUAAAGAUGGAAUGAAGUUAGAAGCCAUUGACCCCCUCAACCUCUCAGCUAUAUGUGUAGCCACUGUAAGAAAGGUGUUGGCAGACGGGUACCUCAUGAUCGGGAUCGAUGGUUCGGAGGCAGUGGAUGGAUCAGACUGGUUCUGCUACCACGGCACCUCCCCUUCCAUCUACCCUGUCGGCUUCUGUGAAAUCAACAACAUUGAUCUUACGCCCCCUAGAGGGUACACUAAACUGCCAUUUAAAUGGUUUGACUACCUCAGAGAAACAGGUUCAAUAGCUGCUCCUGUCAAGCUCUUUAACAAGGAGAUUCCCAAUCACGGUUUCCGGCAAGGCAUGAAGCUGGAGGCUGUUGAUCUGAUGGAGCCGCGGCUGGUGUGUGUUGCCACGGUGACAAGGAUUGUGCACCGGCUACUGAGGAUCCACUUUGACGGCUGGGAGGAUGAGUAUGAUCAGUGGGUGGACUGCGAGUCACCUGACCUCUACCCCGUGGGCUGGUGUCAGCUGACUGACUACCAGCUCCAACCCCCCGCCUCACAGAGUAACAGAGAAUUGCCUCAAUCUGUACCCAAGCAGAAGAAAAAGGCCCAGCAGUAUAAAGGCCAAAAGAAAAAGAGGAAGAUUCCGGUUGGUCGACGGCCCUUCAGUCAGGCAGGCAGGAGGAGGAGCAGCUUCUCGGGGGACGAAGAACAGAGUCCGCCCCCUUAUCCUGCCCAGGGGCCCUCUCGGCCCCGACCCCGAACCCACCUCCACCAAACCCACAAAUCAGAGUCUCUCCUGCGAAUGAAAGAGGAGACGGCUGAGGUAGACGAGUUCACCUUCUCACAGGGCACCUCCGACCAGGAAAGCAACGGCUCCGGCAGCUACUACAUCAAACAGGAGCCCUGAGGUCGGGGCGGAACAGGACACACCUCUGGAAAACCCCAGCAAGGUCAGGAACUCGGAGAGUCAAACUAGUCUCGAAUCUCACUCGGACCAACGCCACAGGCCUUCUACGGAGUCAGUACAGGAGAUGCCGAUGACGAGCAGAAGGGGGCACUUUCAUGCUUCUGAAAAAUCCUGAAGGGAACAUCCCUCUGAACCAUUUUCUAACCUUGUAGCUGUGUGUGCACAUAAUCACUCGCAAAACCUGGGUCACAUACGUUUGGGCAUUCUCUUUCCUACCACCCACGGAUGACGCAACAUCAUUCUCUCCUCUCCUGUCUGGAACUUCAAUCAGACGAGAUAUUCGGAUGGAUUAAAAAAAACUAAAAUCAACACUUUCUCUCACAGAAACGAGAGUCCUGCAAGUCGACACCAGCCCACCCUGCCACAAUCUGGGCCGCGCACAGAGACCUGUAGAAACUGUGAGAACCAUUUAUUGAGCCAGGUCUAGGUGUGUGUCUGUGUGUCUGUGUGUGUGUGUGUGUGUGUGUGUGUGUGUGUGUGUGUGUGUGUGUGUGUGUGUGUGUGUGUGUGUGUGUGUGUUGUUUUCAGGUCAGAGAGUCAGCCACUGAACGAACGGCCUGAGGAGAAAAGAGAGGCUGGGAGUAAGAGGAACACAGUUGUGUAUAUUUUGAUUAUUUUCUUCUGAACAAUAUUGCCAGGUGGACUUAUACUUUGUUAAUAGUACUUGAAGUUUUUUUUUUUUUUUUUUUUUUAUGAUUUUGGAGUUGUUUUUGUCUUAAUGUACUUUCUUUUUUUUUUGCAUUUACAUUUUUGGUGGCUGUGUGGAAAACUUAAUGUGCUUUGUUCGAUAAAAGUGAUUAUAUUCAUAUAGAAUGUGGAGACCUAUUCAGAUAGAACUACAGAGUAUAAAUAUAAAGGAUUGUGAUUUGAAGAGAGAUCUUAGUACAGUGCUGCUCAGCAUUACUGACAUUUUUUAGUUGCUUAUUUUUCUUCCAAUAUUUGCCAGAAGAUUUCCACAGCUGCAGUCAUUUCUGAUUCAACUAUUACAGAGGCAAAAUCUAAUUCAGUUUCAACAAUAUCAUUCAUAUUAGGGCUUUUUUUUUUACCACCUAUGAUUAAUCAAAGUCACCGUAAUUAAAUAGAUUCUACAACUAAUAUUUUAUUUGUUGAUUAAUACUUUGAAAUAUAUAGUUAUGUGGCAUUUCUCAGACAGCAUCUGAGGGGUGACAUUAACAUUUCUCUCUCUAUUGUAGAACCAAUUUGAUUUUAUGGUGUGUGUGUGUAUAUAUGAAAAAUUUAAAUGGACAUGGUGCAGCUUUAAAUAGUAAUCCAUGACCAUUGUUUUAUUUAAUUACAGAAAUCCUCUCGCACAUUCCAUUGGGCUUUCACUAACUCUGCCCAUUUGUACAUCUGAAUAUCCUUCAGCUAUAUUAAGUGGGCAUCGUGGGGAAGAUCUGGUUUUUGAUACAACUACUUUUUAUGUCACAAAACUAUGACCUUUGAACAACAUUUCAUUUGCUGUCCAGCUGGUAAACCUGCCUGUAGAUUACUGUAGUAGAUUGCAUUAGGAUAAGCUUAAUCAGGAGAGCACAUAUAUAAUGUGGCAACAGUGUAUGGUGGCUUGAUACCUUAAUGUGGAGUUUUAGUAGGGACCUAUCACAGAAAGCAGAGCUCUCACAAUGCAACUAACUUGCUGUACCAAGAAUUUAGUAGUGCUUAUGAGCCCAGGAGUGGCCCCCGCUGAAAUGUAUGAGUCAUUGGGAGUAUUUCACUAUCUUUGUGCUGUAAUUUUGAACAGAAAUGAUAAAGCUGUGGAGAUAAGCUUUUUUCCAUAUAAAAAAAGAGAGAAAAGAAAUCACCUUAGUUUUAAAGAAAUACUAAAUGAGAAACAAAUGGCAUAGUGUGACUGUAAGUGAGCUGCAGGGUAUGUUGUAUAAAAGCGAAACCUUACUGGUAUGAUAGGGUACACUCUGACAUGUUAUUCUCACUGUCCAACCCUACAUUAUGUACAAUAUGUACUUUGACCUUUUACAGUUUGGAUGUAGCUGCUGUCAGGGACGAACCUCAGUCUUAUCGGACAGACAGACACGCUGACCGAUGUUGGCCUCAAGUGUCAGCCAAACCGUACAGUACAGUAUAUUCAAAUAUUGUAGAUGCUGGCAGGUACUUCACUUACAUACUGUCAAAGGUUUCACUACAGCAGUGUUUGAGACUGCAGAUGCGUGUGUGUCUGUUGUCUUUUGGACCAUGUCUGCUGUAUUUAUACCCAGAGGAGGACAAAGCUCAAAGUUCCAUCUGGAACUCCUCCUCACCCCUAUGGAGUCUGAAGUAUGCCAUGAGAUUUAUAGACUUAUUCAGUAUUAAAUUAUAGUCCAUUAAUACAUUUUAGAAAAUCAAAUAGAAAUAGUUCAUUUUUUAUUUUGAUAAUGCAUUACAAAUUGAAAUUGGAAAAAAAAAAACAUUACAUGAAAAUAUCCUUAUUCUGUCUGUAAGUGAUGUAUUGAUAGUUGGAUUUUAAAAUGCAAUGGCAGAAAACCUUUUUAUUUAAAGAAAUCCCAACAUACAACCCACAUAGUGCCUUUCUCUACAGCCAGCUGUGUUUGCUGGACGGCCUGUGGAUUUGAGGUCCAUAUGUAAUAUUGAAGUAACGCACUGUUAUUCUAGUUACUUAUAAUACUUAAUUUAAAGAUGUGUAAGCAAAGUAAAAUUGAGAAAUCAUUUUGUGAUUUCUUUUUUUUAAUGCAUUACUUAAAUUUAAAUUCAAUUAAUGUAUAAUUUCUUUUCAAAAAAUUAGUAACUUAUUGAUGAAUAUAAUUAAACAAUGAAAAAGUGGCACACUUAAGACUCCAUACUUCAGCAAGUGUAGCGUCAGACUUUGGUUUCUGUUAUUGAAAAUAAGAGGUUGGACUCAUCAAACAGUUUCGUUGUCCAUAUGCUAAAAAGAAUGUUAAAUAUUGUGUUAGGGUAAUAUGCAAAGCAUUCAUGAUUUUUUUUUUUUUAUUGCUUAGGUUUUUUUCAUGUCAGAGCCAUAUGUAUGCAAGCUAGUUUAUGUUUCACCUGAGCCACAGAAUAACAGGUUUGUUGUCAAUAAUGAAACAUGAAAAUGCACUGCUUUUCCAAUAAAUAGUCUUUGAGGGCAGCAUUCACAUAACACGACAGCAUCUAAAAGUGGCAUAAAUACAUAGAUUCUAUAUAUAUAUAUAUGCUUCAUGACUAUGAUGGUAUGGAGUUACAAAUCCUGAUUAGUCAGAAAUCCAUGCUUGGCCGUGGAAAAGACUAGACUCCUUUCAUUCUUCUUAGAGCUAAAUCUUUGCAGCUGUUUAUCUACUACCUCCUGAUGCUAGCCACGUUUAGCUAAAACAAGACGAAAAAUAAAAACCGUGUGAAAUAGACUAUGGCAUUGUGUUAGCAUAUGCAAAUGAAGAUGAUUACCUAAAACGAUCCACUUGAAGACUAGACACCAAACAUGGAAAGAAUUUUAUCACAGCACAUGAGGUAGUCUUCUAAUUAGAAUGAUAUGCAAUAAUAAUAGAGCCCAUAUUAUUUUGCUAUGUUAAAUAAAUCGUAUAGCACCCUCAAAUGUCAUGAUCACUACAUUAAUAUAAUUAACAGAUGAGAUAAUUUAACAAAAUGGUAUUGUAUAACUGUGAUUUUUGUGAGCAUGGGUUCACAUACAGAAUACUCACUGUAUGGCCAAAGGCUGUAUUGAAAUGCAGAGCAGAUUUAAAACUUCUCAGUGACGGUAAAAGAUCCAUCAUUUCUCUUUCUACCAGUAAGGUUCAUCAUUAGAUUCUCAGGAAGUUUGUUUCUUUCUUUUUCUUCUUUCUUUUUCUGUUUUGGUUGUAAGGGUCAUAACUGCAAGUCUGAAUUAGCUGGGUUUGAAAAGCUCAAAUGCGUUUGCAUCAUGUGCAUCUUUAUGGUGAAAGAAAAUAUGUGUCGUAAUAACUAGAAAUCUGUUAAGCAACUGAAAUGUAAUAUAAAUACCAUUGAAUUCAUAGGAGCUAUUUAAUCAGCUGUCUGGUGGUGUUAAUUUCCAUCUUUGUUGUAUGCACGAAUUCAGAUAGAAAUUGCUUAAAAAUGAUAUAUAGUCUAGUUCAUUUUUAUCUGAAGGCAAGUGCACCAUUAUUAUCAUCUUGAACAAGUUAAUUAUGUAUCUCAUCCUGACUAUGAGGGUUUCUUCCUCUUGUUUUAGACAUGCAUUCGACUCUUUCAAAAUCAAUUCAAAUUUUUUUUAAUUGCACCAUUUUAAAUGAACCUGAAAUACAUUUUAAAGACGACAAUUCAAAUCACAGCAAUUCAAAUGGAUAGUUUUCAGAGUUACAGUGCUGCUCGUGAGUAUAGGAACCCAUGCUAAAGUUGACUAAAAAGGAAUAAAACAAAUCAUCUUAAUGCCUUAAUUACAAAAAUUAGGAAAAA